AUGACAGUUUCCUCCACCCCAAUUUCAGCUCCCAGCGUGAGCCUCCCAAUGCCAGAAGAAGAGCUGUAUCUGGAAGAAGGGGAGCUUAGUGACAUAGCCAAGGAAAUUCUGGGGAAGGAAGAGGAAUCCAGCAGUUGGCACCCAGGGGAUAUAUCUUUCCCUGCUGGAUUUGCUUGGGGUGCAGUCACAGCAGCUUAUCAAGUUGAGGUAUCAGGAGACUGGAAUGCAGAUGGAAAGGGCCCUAAUGUUUGGGACACAUUCACCCAUCAGGGAGGAGAUCGAGUUUUCAAGAACCAGACUGGUGAUGUAGCUUGUGGCAGCUACACUCUGUGGGAGGAAGAUUUGAAAUGUAUCAAACAGCUUGGAUUGACUCAUUAUCGCUUCUCUCUUUCCUGGUCACGUCUGUUACCUGAUGGGACGACAGGUUUCAUCAACCAGAAAGGCAAUUCUCUUAUGAAAAUUCAUUUAAGAAAAUAUUUUGCGUGGUCCCUUCUUGACAACUUUGAAUGGGCUUGUGAAUUCAGUACUUGAUUUGGACUCCUACAUGUUGAUUUUGAAAGUUCUGCUCUGCCUCAUGUUCCAUAG